AAAAAAAAAUAUGAAAAUAAACAAAUUCUAGUGUUUCGCAUUUCUUUUGCUCCAAAAGUUUCGGGUCACUCUGUGAUAGUUCAGCGCUCUCCUUACUCUAGAACAGAUGGCAAAAAAUCUUGCUCCGAAGUUUGACUCUACUCCAAUUCAGAAACCUAACCUCAAAAAACUUUGAAAUAUUUAAAAAUAAAUAAAACAAUGAAUUUUGUGCUCAAAACACUCAGAUCUAACUCAAAAGUCCUAUUCCGUGACAAUGCCGUUUUGUUCAGUACAAACUCGUGUCUGAGGCAAGGGCACAAGCCCUUAUUGAGAAAAGAGGCCCCUUCCUACAAAAAAGUCCACUCUUAUGGAUGGAUCAUGUUGGUAAUCCCUGCAGCCUCUUUUGGUUUAGGAGUGUGGCAAAUUCAAAGGAAAUCUUGGAAAGAAGAACUGAUUGAAGAAUUGCAAGAAAAGUCUGCCAGUGCCCCAAUAGAGUUGCCUACAAAUCUGGACGAGUUACAGCAGCUAGAGUAUCGUCCAGUUAUUGUAAGAGGCACUUUCUUGCACGAUAAAGAAAUUUACAUGGGACCUAGGUCCAUAAAAGAAGACAAACAUAAUUCCAGUUUAUUCAGUGAAGGUGGUAAUCAAGGCUAUUUGGUUGUGACACCUUUUAAAUUAGCAGAUAGAGAUGAAACAAUUUUGGUUAAUAGAGGCUGGGUGCCUGCAAAAAACAUAAAACCAGCUUCUAGGGCUAGAGGGCAAGUGGAAGGGGAUGUCAAUGUAAUUGGUAUUGUUAGGCUAAAUGAAAACAGGCCCAAUUUUGCCAUGAAGAACAAAGAGGGCAGUAAUUUGUAUUUUUAUAGGGAUUUAAAUUCAAUGUGUGCCUCAACAGGUGCCUCGCCAAUAUUUUUAGACCAAACCAUUGAUUACAAUGCCCCGGGUGGGCCUAUUGGUGGUCAAACCAGAGUGACUCUAAGGAACGAACACUUGUCUUAUGUUAUAACGUGGUUUUCUUUAGGUGCUGUUACUUCUUACAUGUGGUAUAGGAUGUAUUUGAAGCCACGUUGAUUAUAUUGUCAAUAUUUUAUUUAUUUUAAAGGCCAAAUAUAACAUAAAAAUAUUGUUAAAUUUCUAUGAGAAUUUCAAUUAACAUUCAAUUAAAUAGCUAUUAAUAUAACAAUUUUUAUUUUUGGCACCUAAUAAUUACAAUGCAUUAUUUUGGCCAACACCAUAUUUAGGCCUGAUUUUUUUUUUUAAUGGACAAUUUCAGUGUUGGGCCAAACAUCUACUUUCUAUAAUAAUAUAAUUACUCUAUAUAAGAUUCAUAUAAUUCUAGUUAUUUUCAUAUAAGUCUAUCUAAAAAGUGUAAAUUGUACAAUUUGGCUCAAUAUUUCAAUAAGGGUUGUUAAAAAUCUGUGGAGGGGUCAAAAUAUUUUUGUUAGCAAAAAGUUAACAUGGCAACAAUCAUGAAAUACAAUGGAGGACAGAGGGGAUAAAUACUAUAUUAUAAUAUAGGGAGGCACAAAAUUUAAAAAUAAUACCUUAUUUUGCCUCACCCUGUGUGGUAUAAUAGUACAUUAAAAUACAAGUUUCAUAAGACGUCAUUUUAUCGCACGAGCCCUAUAUUAGAAAACGAGCCGGAGGCGAGUUUUCUAAAGGGCGAGUGCGAUAAAAUGUCUUAUGAAACGAAUAUUUUAUACCAUUUUUUCUAUUUUGGAAUUGUUUAAUUAAAAAAAAACAAAUUUCUCUUGGAAUUUUAUUCUCAUAUUUCCUGAUUUCAUAGUUUAGGUUGGUAACACUACAUGCCAACUAUAGAAAUCUUCUAUUAUAAAAUCGCGAAUGACAGUUCGAUGGCCAUCAGUCAGCCAGUGUUACCAACCUCCGAUAAGUAAAAAAGCAGUGUCACAAAGAGCUUCUUUUCGAAACUACUUUUAGUGUCGAAAAGACUUCGAUAUGACACCAAAAUAGAAAAAUAUAUUUUUUACUUAAACUAAAUGCAUUACAGUCAAUAAUAUUCGAAAAAAAAAUUGGACUUACAACCUGAAGAAGUAAAGUGGAAAUGGAUGUAUAAGUUAUUUAUGGCAGUAAUUAUUAGAAAGGAUAUAUAUAUAUAUUUUUUUUAAUGGAGAAAUUACACACUUGGCAUCUCAAUUUGAUACACCCUGUAAUUUAAUCUUAGGUAUAGAGAGCUAAGUCAUUUUAAUAAUGUACUUUGGUUGGAUGAAAUAUAAGAAGCAAUUAGACUCUAGGGCCAGUAAUUUCAGGUACACACAAAAUAUUCCAGUUUCAGCUUCUUUCAACGAUUCUUAGCAACAAUACAAGUACAUACACCUAAAUAUAAUAUUUUAUUUUGCCCACUUAAAUAUUUCGUAGAAGCAUGAUUCUAAGUCUAAAAUUGAAACUUUCAUUUCUUUUUCGAAGAUUUUUUUGAACUACUACUGGUCAGACCGUUGUUGGUGGGAUGAUGCGGCACAGAUCCAUUGGCAAUUCUUGUAUAAGGACUUAUUUAAAAAAAUUUGAAAUUGCACCAGUCAACUAGCUUACCUGUUAUUCGCUCUAGGCACAGCCGCUCGUUGAUCUUCCAUUCUACCAGACUGAAAUCGCAUAAUCAAGGAAAAGAAAUCUUCGUCUGGCACAGUGGCGCCGCUUCUACCCGCUACAGGUUUUGGUUGUUCGUUUUCUUCAGUGUCAACUGAAGCGCUAACUGGAAGAGGCGAUCUUUGAUCGUCCAACCUGGAAUUUUGACAACGGACAAGUUGAUCUAAGAAAUGAUCGUCUGGUAUUGAAGAAUUUGAUCGGGAUUGGGCUAAUCGUUGAAGAGAUGAAGAUUGAAGAC